UCCUGCUACAGUAUAUAUCUAUUGUAUCAUGCUAGUUACUCAAGUCCUGCAUUGCUCAGAAUGGUCUCCUUCAAUCUUGCCUUCCUGUUUCAUAUCGUCAUCGAAGUCCCAGCUUGCCUCAACUUCUUCCUCGCACCGAGCGGACAAUUGGGCACAUAUACUCCCCAUGCUCAUGCCGUGAUCAGGCAAUAUGCGGUCCUUAUAUUGACUUCAGUCUUGGUGGCUUUUGUGUUUCUUCGUCAGCCUCCUGAUGAGACAUCUGCCAAAGUAGCGGCAGCCCUUGCUAUCUACCAUAUCGCUCCUUCCAUACGCUCAAUGAGCAGAUUGAGACGACAGGCACAGUCCAGAGAAGCAAUUGUCUUUUCCCAAGCAUCCCUCUAUCUAAUUGUACAUGGGAUCUGUUUCGCAGCUCUUACCCAUCACUUUUGGACAGCUAUACAACCUUGAACCAUGCCAUAAAGAAAAUGUACGAGUGUUCCUCCCGUACCUCAGUCGACAUCUUCAGCGACCAAAGUCUCCGUCGGACUCACAGUGCCUGCCUCGGAGACUUGGUUGCUGCGCUUGAACACCAUCAUCUCGACAGCUAUACCAGGCCCGAAAGCACAGCCGAUGAUGUGCUCCGUUGUUUCUCCUUGCAGCAAUCGGUUCAGCACGCUGAAAAAGGUCGCACUUGAGCUGUUGCCGUGGGUGAUG